GGCCGUGCGUGGCGCGGAGCCGCCGGUCAGAUUGUCUCACUGCGGGAGGGAGGGUUCGCGCGCGCUCGGGACUCCGGAGGAUUCUGACGGUACCACUCGCCGAAGGUGGGGGUGCCUGGAUCCUCAGUCGCUUGGUCGCGCGAAGCUAUGGGUCGCGGGAGAAGAAGCCGGCCGUUCAGUGUGCUGGUUUUCUUGACGGCCAGGACCGACCCUAACCCCGAGGAGCGGCCGCUUGAGGCACCGGGAGCCCACCCGGCGCCGGGCGGGCGGGUCCAUUUUGCCGCACAAGCCGGGCAAUUGGCAAACUGCGGAUGGGCAGGUCCACUUUCCUUCGGGGGUGAGCGGCCUGAGAUCCAGAGACAAUGGCCCCGAUGGGAUGGAGCCCGAAGGCGUCAUCGAGAGUAACUGGAAUGAGAUUGUUGACAGCUUUGAUGACAUGAACCUCUCGGAGUCUCUCCUCCGUGGCAUCUAUGCCUAUGGUUUUGAGAAGCCCUCUGCCAUCCAGCAGCGAGCCAUUCUUCCUUGUAUCAAGGGUUAUGAUGUGAUCGCUCAAGCCCAAUCUGGGACUGGAAAAACUGCCACUUUCGCCAUAUCAAUUCUGCAGCAGAUUGAAUUGGAUCUAAAGGCCACCCAGGCCUUGGUCCUGGCACCCACUAGAGAGUUGGCUCAGCAGAUACAGAAGGUGGUUAUGGCAUUAGGAGACUACAUGGGUGCUUCCUGCCAUGCCUGCAUUGGUGGUACCAAUGUGCGUGCUGAGGUGCAGAAGCUACAGAUGGAAGCUCCCCACAUCAUCGUGGGUACCCCAGGCCGUGUGUUUGAUAUGCUUAACAGGAGAUACUUGUCUCCCAAAUACAUCAAGAUGUUUGUAUUGGAUGAAGCUGAUGAGAUGUUAAGCCGAGGGUUCAAGGACCAGAUCUAUGACAUAUUCCAAAAGCUCAAUAGCAACACCCAGGUGGUUUUGCUGUCAGCUACAAUGCCUUCUGAUGUGCUGGAAGUGACCAAGAAGUUCAUGCGGGACCCAAUUCGAAUCCUUGUCAAGAAGGAAGAGCUGACCCUGGAGGGUAUUCGCCAAUUCUACAUCAAUGUGGAACGAGAGGAGUGGAAGCUGGACACCCUGUGUGACUUGUACGAAACCCUGACCAUCACCCAGGCAGUCAUCUUCAUCAACACCCGAAGGAAGGUCGACUGGCUCACCGAGAAGAUGCACGCCCGAGACUUCACCGUCUCCGCUAUGCACGGAGACAUGGACCAGAAAGAACGCGACGUCAUCAUGAGGGAGUUCCGCUCGGGCUCUAGCAGAGUGUUGAUUACCACGGAUCUGCUGGCCAGAGGCAUCGACGUGCAGCAGGUUUCCUUAGUCAUCAACUAUGACCUUCCCACCAACAGGGAAAACUACAUCCACAGGAUCGGUCGUGGCGGACGUUUUGGCCGUAAGGGUGUGGCUAUUAACAUGGUGACAGAAGAAGACAAGAGGACUCUCCGGGACAUUGAGACCUUCUACAACACCUCCAUCGAGGAGAUGCCCCUCAAUGUUGCUGACCUCAUCUGAGGCGCUGCUCUGCUCUCCCAGCCCCAGCCAGGGAUCCGACCUGUCCUUGAGGGGGGCUGAGGAACAGCAGCAGGGGGGAGGGAAGGGAGCCAAGGGAUGGACAUCUUGUCAUUUUUUUCUUUUUUUUUUUUCUUUGAAUAAAUGUCACUUUUUGAGGCAAAAGAAGGAACCAUGACCAUUUUAGACACCCUUUUCUUUGGGGCAGGCUCUUGCCCCAGGCGCCGGCUCUUCUCCCAGAAACACUAAUCCAUUUCCCUAACCUCGUCAACUUUCAAACCCAAGGCUCUCCCCACCCCAGCUGAAUUCUGAAAAUAAUUCAGUGGGGGCUAUAAUGCCCCUCCACCUCAUUUGCUGGACCAAAUCUGGAGGGAGAGCCCGAGUUAAGUGGCCCAGGGCACUGUCCCCAGGUGGGGGGGGAGCAGGGGAAAGAACAUGGUAGCCAUUUUUACAUUGUUUUUGUAUAGUAUUUAUUGAUGCAGGAAAACAAACACAAAAUUCUGAAUAAAAUAACUUGGAAACU